CUCUGCAGUAGAGGCUUUGAGUUUUCCACUGACCACCAGCUUGAAGUACUGUCAUCAGACCGCAUGCUGUCCUGUGAAGUGAUCCACUGACACAAGACAAAGACCCACACAAGCCCUUUCUGCUUCUGCCUGAAGCCACGCCCAAAGGGUGUGACCACCAUUACAGGUGGAGGCAUAUGCUCUUAAUUUUAAAAAAAUGAGUGUAAAUAGUGCUGUAUCACGAGUUGAAACCUGGCUUUUGGCAACAUGGCAUGUUAAAGUGCCUCGAGCGUGGCUGGAAGCUUGUGUUAACUGGAUCCAAGAAGAAAAUGGUGAUGCUAAUUUGAGCCAAGCACAAGUGAACAAACAAGUACUGGAGCAGUGGCUUCUCACUGACCUGAGAGACCUGGGGCACCCUCUCUUACCUGACAGCAUUCUAGAAAUCCCGAAGGGGGAGCUGAACGGAUUUUAUGCUCUACAGAUGAAUUCCUUGGUUGAUGUAAGUCAGCCCGCAUAUUUCCAGAUACAAAAGCUGAGGGGAAAGAAUACAACCAAUGAUCUAGUUUCGGCGGAAACACAGGUUACCCCCAAACCGUGGGAAGCAAGGCCUUCACGGAUGCUGAUGCUGCAACUCACUGAUGGUGUCACACAAAUCCAAGGGAUGGAAUAUCAGUCUAUUCCAGCUCUCCAUGGUGGUCUUCCUCCGGGUACAAAAAUUUUGGUUCACGGACGCAUUUCGUUCCGUCUUGGUGUUCUCUUGUUGAAGCCAGAAAAUGUGAAGGUGUUAGGAGGUGAGGUAGAUGGCCUUUCAGAAGAAUAUGCUCAAGAAAAGGUACUCGGAAGAUUAAUUGGUGAACUUGAUCCUACAGUUUCAGUUGUACCAAAUAAUUCUGAUCACGGUCUGCCCAGAGUUUCAGGAGGGUUAGACCCUGCUUUAGGACCUUCAGAUGAAGAACUCUUGGCAAGUCUUUAUGAAAGUGAAGAGCCUGAAGCAAAUGAUGAUGCCUCCGUGGAAGGAAGAUGUUUCGGCACAGGCGGUUCCUUAACUGCUACUCCCACGGGUCAGUCUAAUUUUGAGCCAGGAAGUAAUAUUUCUUCGAGGGAAAAGGAGAAACAAAACCAAUCUGUGCAUUUCACUAAUGAAGAGUUUGAUGACUUUUCACUGGAAGAGGCCUUGCUUUUAGAAGAAACUGUCCAGAAAGAACAGAUGGAAACACAAGCAUUGCAGCCAUCAACUUUGAAGAAAAACACAGAUAAAUAUGCAGAGAUAUUUUCAGAUAAACCUAAGACUCAGAACAACAGUGCUUUGAUUCAUAAACAAGGAAACAGCAAUUGCAAUGAAACAAAAUUAUCUGAACAAAUAAUUCAUGAAGAUAAACUUUUUGGCUGUCCAUCUGCCAGAGACCUUCAUAAGAGACUCCUAGCCCAUGACUUUACAAAUGACAGUAGGACUUUGGGAGUAGAUAUUACAACAAAACAAAACAUCGACAGUUCAGAUGAACAUUGCUUAAGUAGUAAAAUGCUAAAGAGAAAACAAGGAACCUGUCUAUCAAAAAAGAGUUCAGAGAGUUCUGAUGAAAAUAGUUACCCUUUACAGGCUUGUUCUUCAAAAUCGUUUGAGAAUAUUCCUGAUCUUUCUGUUGACAUGGACUUAAACUCUCCACCCUUUAUCUAUUUGGCUGUUCUAAUGGCCAGAAAGCCGAAGGAAGUCACCACUGUGAAAGUCAAAGCCUUUAUUGUCACUUUAACUGGAAAUCUUUCAAGCUCUGGUGGCUGUUGGUGUGUAACGGCAAAGGUUUCUGAUGGUACUGCAUAUCUAGAUGUAGAUUUUAUAGAUGAAAUACUUACCAGUAUGAUAGGGUUUUCAGUACCAGAAAUGAAACAGUUAAAAAAGGACCCUCUUAAAUAUCAAAACUUCCUAAAAGGGUUACAAAAAUGUCAGCGAGAUCUGAUAGAUUUGUGUUGCCUAAUGACUAUUUCAUUUAACCCUUCUUCCUGUAGAGCCAUGGUACUUGAAUUGCAAGAUGUCGGUGUGGAGCACCUUGAGAGCCUAAAGAAGCGGCUGAAAAAAUAAUUUCAAAAUACUAUUGGAGUACACUUUAAAACAUGCAAAUAUUUGUAAUCAAAUUUGUUCCUAUUCUUAUUUUUGGAACUCUGUAAAAGAAGAAAAAGUUUCAGAACUUAGAAAAUGGAUGAGAUGACUCAGUGAUUAAAGAGGCUUUCUGCCAAUCCCGAGGACCUGAGUUUGAUCCCCUGGUCCCUUGUGGCCAAAGGAGAGAAGAACCCAGAAUCUGUCUUCCAUAUAUGCAGCAUGGAUUUCAUGUAGAUACACACACAUACACUAAAUGACAUUUAAAAAUAAAG